AGCAGUUGUCCAAAGGAAAGUGGCCCUUUUUCCACUGGUUCCUACUCAGCGUGGUUCGGUACAGCUCUACUAGCUUUUUAGGCUGUCAGUCACUUAUUGGGUAAAGGGCAGUGUCACUAGUCACAGUAUACAUAUAACAAAUAAUUUCUUCAGCUGUAGAGAUGUUGUACACUGGGCUUAUUGUGUAUAUAAACACUAUAGCAAACUAGGAUUAGGUAGCAUUAGCUUGCCCUCACUUUUCUAUCUUUAAGUACCACAGAAGGAGUAGCUGCACUAAAUGUAGCUCGUACUGAAGAGGAAAUAAUUUCAGAACAGAACACUCUGGCCAACAAGACCCAGCAGAAGCACUCCGAAGAACCUUAUCUGAACACGCUAACAGAUCCAUCUUCAUGACUCCUCUCUUCGCUCCCUUUCAGAACAACAGCUCCCAACAAAUCAACAGUUAGAACAGAUUGCCUCCAUGCUUCAGCAAACCUUGAGUUCUCAGUCCUCCGCACAUGUAGAUGGCGCUGCAGCACCACCGUCAUCUCAACAGCUUACUCAUUCCCGUGAUGUCACCUCACCUAAGCCAGAAACAUUUUCUGGCAAGGACAUUGAGGAGCAUCGCAGACACGUCCACCAGGUACUUCAGCGUCUCUUGGAGAACCGCCUGUUUGUGAAAGCCAAAAAGUGUGAGUUUCACCAGCCUUCCAUCACAUUUUUGGGCUACAUCCUCGAGUGUGGACAGGUACGUUCUGACCCAGAGAAAAUCAAGGUUGUCCUGGAAUGGCCUGUGCCAGAAUCCCGCAAAACACUUCAGCAUUUUCUCGGAUUUGCAAACUUUUACAGAUGGUUCAUCAAGGAUUACGGUUUGAUAGCUGCACCCCUUACCGCAUUAACAUCUUCCAAAGUCACAUUCUCCUGGUCGUCUGAAGCUGAAGCAGUUUUUCAAGAUUUAAAGAAGAAGUUCUCUCAAGCCCCCAUCUUAGUUCACCCCGAUCCUUCUAAACAGUUUAUCAUGGAAGUCGAUGCUUCAGACACCGGGGUUGGGGCUGUCUUUUCUCAGAACUCUGAGAGUGGGAGCCUUCAACCUUGUGCCUUUUUUUUCCGGCAGGUUCAACAACACCGAGAGAAACUAUGAUGUGGCCGACAGAGAAUUACUGGCCAUAAAACUAGCCCUUGAGGAAUGGCGCCACUGGCUCGAGGGGGCCGAGCAUCCCAUUCAAGUCUGGACUGAUCAUUAGAACUUGGCUUAUCUUCAAUCAGCCAAAAGACUCAAUCCACGCCAGUCUCGGUGGUCUUUAUUAUUUUCUCGUUUUGAUUUGUGUAUUUCUUUCAGACCUGGACCCAAGAACACUAAGUCUGAUUCCCUCUCCAGACAGUUUGCCUGUGAUGAUUCGGUGAAGAAACCAGCUCCCAUUCUACCGCCCACUUGGACAGUAGGGGCACUCAGGUGGGAGAUAGGACAUUAUUAACAGGGGCCAACAACUAGAAUCUGACCCUGGCACAGGACCACCAAACCGCAUCUAUGUCCCGUCUCAUGUACGCACUAAAUUUAUUGAUUGGCUUCACACAGCUAAGUUUUCGGCUCAUCUAGGAGUGAGCAGAACCAUAGCAUUGGUUCAGAGAAGG